GGCAAGUGGUGGAGCAGCAGGAAGCUGUGGGGAUGUCUGUCUGACGAGACUUCCCCGGCUCUGCCACGUGCUCCGGCUCUGCCCUUUUAGACCCCCCGUGUCCCCACAGCCCCCGCAGUGUUUCACCACCAGAAGCCGGUGCCAGGAAGGGUCUUGGUGCCGGGACUUUGCCGCAGGUCGCCACUGCCAUCGCCACACACGGCGGCUCCCGGAGCCUCCAAGGGGACAUGGUCUCUGCCACCCUCCAGCUCUCUGUCAUCUCCCUCAAAAAGGAGCCCGAAACCCAGGACAAGACCCCGGGUGGCGUCACCCCGUGGGACGGCAGAAACGCUCCAGGAGAUGGGACGAGCCCCACGGCCGCAGGGGGGAAGCUCAGCCUCAGCAAAGGACAAAGCGUGUCCGUCACCAUCCAGCAGGUCCCCAUUCCCAGGUAUCCCUGGGAGGGCGAGGGCUCGGGGCUGAGGAUCCUCCUGGUCGGGAAGAGCGGGGCAGGGAAAAGCUCCACCGGCAACACCCUCCUCGGGGUCCGGGCGUUCAAGUCCGAGUUGGCCACCGAGCCGGUGACCAUCAGCUGUGCCCGAGUCCAAGGGUACUGCCAUCACGUGAACAUCGACCUCAUCGACACGGCCGAUAUCUUCAACCCGAGAGUCCCCAUCAGCGAAGCCUACAAAGAAAUCACUCGUUGCGUCUGGUUGUCCUCCCCCGGCCCCCACGUGCUGCUGCUGGUCACCAGGCUGGGCCAGUUCCUCAAGAAAGACAAGGAGGCCGUGCAGAGGCUGCAGGACAUUUUUGGGGUCAAUGUUUUCAGGCACACCAUUGUCUUGUUCACCCACGCGGAAGACCUGGGGGGGAGGUCGCUGAAGGAUUACCUGCAGUCUCAUGGCAGCAGUGACCUCCAGGACCUGAUCCUGCAGUGUGGGAGAAGGUACUGCGGCUUCAACAACACAGCAGUGGGUGCCCAACGGGACCGGCAAGUGGCAAAGCUGAUGGAGAUGGUCUACCGGGUGGUGUGCCAGAACAAGGGCAAGUGGUACAGCAACAACAUGUUCCUGGAGCCCUGCUUAACAGAAGAGAGAGUGGAGCGUCACAUGAGGAGGCACAAAGCAGAGAGGAAGGUGAUGGAGUGGUCCAGGUCUAUGCCGUACAGGAUAAUUAUGGGUUGUGGGAUAGUCCUCCUUGUUCUUGCUUUGUUUUGCCUGAAUUUCCUUCUGUAUCCCGCGUCCCGGAUCUGGUGGUGGUGAGGAAUCACAGGGUGAUGGGAAUAUUGAGGCAGCAGGGACCUCUGGAGAUCAUCUAGUCCAAGCUCUGCUCAUGCCCUAGAACUGGUUGAGCUCAGGACCAUGUCCAGUUGGGGUUUGGAGCCCUCCAGGGACGGGGUCUCCACCACCUCUCCAGGCAGCCUGUCCCAGUGCUCGCUCACCCUGGGAGAAAAAGUUUCCUGAUGUUUCAAUGGAAUUUCACAGUUUCCCUUCGUUGUCCAUCCCUCUCGUCCUGCACCAGGCACCCCUUGGUCUCCAUCAGGUGAGAGCAGGAUCUUCUCAGCCUCUUCUUCUCCAGUCCAAGCUCUCCCAGCCUCUCCUCAAUGCCCCGGUCUUCUUUGCUGGACCCUCUCCUGCAUGUUCAUGUCUGUCUGGCACAUAGAGAACCACCCCCCCCAUGGACACAUGCAGCUCUCCAAAGAAUCCUCACGUAAUUAUCACGUAUUUCUGAGAUUAUAAACUAAAAUACUUUGAAUUCACCAUGCUCAGCCAGGCACCAUCCCACCGUGGUGCCAUGUGGGGCCGUGGGCGCCCCGAUUUACUGCUGUGAGUGCCACUGCUCUCAGAGAAGCCACCGAACACCCGCUUCUCGUGUGACGGGGACACGAGGGCUGGGCAGGGAGGAAGAGGAGGGACGGUGAAAGCCCUUCGAGCUCCUCGGGCCAAAGCGGUGCCUGCACCAGGGCACGGUGUUGGGACCUCUCACCCUUCUGCCACCGGUGUCCCUCAGGGAGCUGCAGGCGGGGUCAGCCGGGCAGGAGACAAUUAAUUUUCCUCCCCACAUCAGUGAGAUGAGGCUGGGGGUAUUCCCUGCUCCUGAGACUGGGAAAGUCCAGCAAGAAACCAGCCCAGGGCGUCAUCCCUCUACCAAAGGUCUCAUGAACAGGCUUUUCCGGUGGAUGCAGCGAUAACGAAGUUAAUUGUAGAUAACAAAGCUCAGGGCGGGCGAAGGGAAGCACAGAUAACCUUGACCUUUGCAGAAAGGGCAGCUCCCCUUCCUCAUCCUCUUCCCCUCAUCCCAAAACAUCCCACAUGGCCCAGGUUCUCCAAGAGGGAAGAUGUCCUUCCAUUGCCUGGUGGCCCUGGACACCUCCUCUGCUCCCUGGGGAGCAGGGACUCGUCACCCUCCAUCCGAACCCCCCGGGGCUCCGCACCACGGCGGGAAGCAGCUGAAUAAGGAAGCGGCCACCAGCUGUCAUCGCAAGGGGGAAACACCACCAUAAAACCAACAAAUGGGGAAAAAAAAGUAAUUAAAACAAAAAAAAACAGGGGCAAGAAUUGCAUUUCUAAACCCUUUGAGGUAAGGUCAGCCCUGGAAAGGUCGGGCAGUUGGACUAGAUGAUCGUCGUAGGUCCCUUCCAAUGGAACUAUUCUAUUCUACUCUGUUCCUAUUUCUAUUCUAAUUUUCUUUUGUGUGACAUAAGCAAAGAAUUAAAAAUGGCUUCGAUAAUCAAAAAGUAUAUAAACGACUUGUGUGUCAAGUUUAGAGGAAAACAGAUUUUGAAACUUCACUGGGGUUAAAAUAAAGGAAUUUCCUUCCAAACA